CAGCCCGAAACUACUACUUCCGGUUUUGACACGAGCCACCGGCAUCGGGAAUGAAGACUGCUGAAGUUUAUAUGUGAAUGUGAUCACAUCAAAUCACGCAUGAUGAUUGGCAACCUAGUAUUGAGACUUAUUCACUAUGUGCUUUCUCUCGGGAUAUUUGUCAAACACUGGAUUCUCCAUUUUCCUUAUAUUGGCUUCGCUUUCCAACAGAAAGCUUUAACCGGAAGUCUUAGCUAUGGUCUUCAAGCACAGAUUGAAGCUGAUGCAAGAUCGUUUCAAAAGUUACCGAAUCACCUUGGUAUCCUAGUCUUGGAGAACGAUGUCUCAUUUUCAGACAUUGCUAACUUAAUCGUCUGGUCGAUAACACUUGGUAUUUCUUACAUUAGCGUGUUUGACAUAAAUGGUGAAUUUAAAAGAAAGCAUGAACUUUUAAGAGAAGAAAUAAGCAAAAGUCAGCAGCUCAUAUCGGACACAGAGAAUACAAAACACAAUAUACAUAUACAUUCUAGUUUUACUGACAGACGAAAUGUCUAUCAAAAUGGUUGUUACAGUGGCAAUAGUGUUCACAUACAGUUACUGGGUACAGAGGAUGGUCGGCAGGAUUUGGUACAGACGGCCCGCGAGCUCUGUCUCGAGGUGACGGAGAAACGACGGAGGAUAGAGGAUAUAUCACCUCAAAUUGUAGAUAAUUUAUUGCAAGAAAUUCAUAAGUUUCCUGACCCUGACCUGGUGCUUAAGUUUGGUCAAACAGAUUCCUUGUUGGGUUACCUCCCCUGGCAGAUGAGGCUUGCAGAAAUAUUGUGCAUUCCAUCACAUUCAUCUAUUCAAUAUAAAUCAUUCAUCACAACUCUUCAAAACUUCUCUAGAAUCAACCAACGCUUCGGAAAGUAGAAGAAUCGUGCAGCCAUAACAUUCUAUAGAAAACUAGAUACUACAGCAUCCAAUCUGAAGUCGAAUACCAAAAUUCAUCUCUUAUACAAACCUUUACACCCUGUCUGUAAUGACUGGUGGAAAUCAUUUCAGCAUUGUCUUUAAAAUAAGUUCUCUGUAUUAAGUAUUGAACGUCUUUCAAUCCAGUGAGUUAAGUAUGUUAUCACUUCAUGUACAAGUAUGUGUGAUCAUAUAUUAUGUAAGACUGGGAGAUUUGUAAAAUGAUUUGUUGUUGAAAUUUUCAUUGUUUUUUAUAUGUGCAGAAAUCAUGCUAGUACAAUUAUUUUCCAAUGCUUGGACUUUCAUGUCAGUUACUGUUUUUUGUCUUAGGGGAAUGUGGUGUAUCUUGAAAUGAGAUAUCAACAGAAAUGUUAUAUUUAACAGAAAUGUAACAUUACCUGAAACAUGACAGUAACAGAAAUAUGACAUUAACACAAAUGUGAUAUUACCCGAAAUGUGACAUUAACAGAAAUAUGACAUUUACAGAAGUAUGACAUUAACAGAAAUGUGACAUAUUAACAGAAAUGUGACAUAUUAACAGAAAUAUGACAUUAACAGAGAUGUGACAUAUUAACAGAGAUGCGACAACAUUAACAGAAAUGUGACAUAUUAACAGAAAUAUGACAUUAACAGAAAUAUGACAUUAAUAGAGAUGUGACACUAAUAGACAUGGUACAGUGUUAUCAUUAUUAUUUACUAGCUAAGUUUUAUGUAAUAGAUAACAUGUAGGCAUUCCUGUCAUAGCAAACAAAUUAUUUAUUUCAAUAUCUACAUUGAAUGUUAUUUUGUAAUGAACCAAAGUUUGUAAAUGGAUAUAUGGGCAAAUCACAUCAACAGGGUUGUCAAUAUCAAGUCACAUAAUGAUAGGAAAGAAAAUUAAUUUUGAUUAUCUGUACAGUAAAAUUAGUUUCAGGAGAACUUUACUUUAAAUGAAAUAUGAGAUGAAAGGAAAUCCAAUCAAUACAUCAUCAUGAUUUAUUGUGCAGUGAUCAAUUUUCAUUUAUUUGUUAAUCAAAUUUUGUGAUUUUUUUUUUUUAAUUUAUCAAUAUUUUUUUGAUAGUGGGCUAUAUUUCCAUUCUGAAUUGAUUUCUUCUGUGAUCUUCAAUUUGAUGAACUUGGCUGAAGAAGGAAAGUUGGGAAGGUUCAUGUAAUAUAUGGAGGUUAUUCUGUCAUCUUAAAUUAUAUUAGAGACCGGUAAUACAAACAUUGAGACAGCCUAAUGUGUGACACAUGUAUAGGUGUGAGGUGUGAAAUAAGGAAAAUUGAAUUUAGAACUCCUUUACAUCUUUCUCUUUUUUAAAGUAUUUGAAAUUGAGACAACCAUUAUAUUAAAUCAUUUUUUAUCAGAACUGGCUUUCAAUAUUUUGGUCAAGAUUUUAAAAAUUGAUAAAAAAAAAAACUCCCAAAAUGUUCUGCAUUAUCUGUUUCAAUUUGUUGUUACAUUAUUUAUUUUUUCUCUCAAUAUAGAGACAAAUAAUUGGAUGCGAUGGCAGUUCAGUUUUGUCAUAAAUGGGAGAUUCAGUGAUAUAUUGAAGGAGAUAUUCGUUGCAAAUUAUAAGAAAGCAAAUGUUGAAGUACUUUAGCAGUAUGUAAGAGGGAAACAAAAUGAGGGGUAUUAUGUCAAUGUUUUUCAUUGUAACUAUUUGGUAUAUUUAUAUAUGUACGAUACCUAUAAGUACAAUGGACAUACAAAUAUCUAUGUUUGACAUACUGCCAUUGUUGUUUGUGAUUUUCCUCUCUAUGUUUGAUAUGUUGACUUAAUAUGUUUAUCAAGCAGAUUGAUAUGUUUAAUAGUAAGAAUUUAUUUUUAUUGUAAACGUGGAAAGUGCUGUUGAAAUUGUCACAAAUCUCUUGAUUUAAAAGAGCAACAUGAAAAUAUAGAUGUAUGACAUCAAGUUAAAUGUGUGGUUUACACCACACUGGCACAGGGGCUUGACACAAGUCAAUAGGUCAUAUACCAAGUAUAUGUUUUUAUGGGUUAAGAAAGUUUGUCUAUUCCCUGUGAUUUAAACUUCAUCAUGGUUGCCAUGGAUCACAUGUCAGCCAUCUGUAUGAAACUGGUGCCAUUUCUGAAAUUAGGACCCGUCUUUAACUAAAGUCACAGGGGUUUGUUGAAAAACAUGAAAUGGGGCGGAACCUAGAAAUAGAGGUUACACAACGAGUGGUUGCUGGAUAUGGAAUUUAUUUCACACGAGUAAGCUAUUUUUUAAAAGUUACAAAAGACACAAGCUUUAGCAAGUGUCUUUUGUAACUUUUAGAAAAUAACUUCCUUAGUGUGAAAUAGAUUCUGUAUCCAAAAAUCAUGAGUCGCGAGACCUGUUUCUACCACAAUAAUAUUGGCUCGAAUCAAAGGGAAAUGUGGCUAAGUCUUAUUUCGUAUAUGCUUAUAAGGUGUACAGGUGACGGCCAGGACCUGGUGAUGACAUCAAUAACAAUUGCAGCUCGGGUCAAAGUUCAACUUCUUGACCAAUCAAAAGACCAGAAGGUCAUAUUCCACUAGUUGAAUAUAACCUAUAUACAUGUAUAUCCAACAGUCAGCCCAUUUAUAUAAUGGCGUGAGAAUGGAAUAUAACACAUCAUAUUGUGGUAGAAAUGCAUUUAUAGGCUCCAACCUUUUUCAUUGUAAUGCACCCUGUGCUACAGUCAAACCUGCCUCAGGAGGUAUAUGUACUGGCUCUUAUCAUCAAAGUCUAUACCACAGGGAUUUGACACAAUUCCCAUGAUCCAUGUAUGUAUAUCCUGUGUCGAUAUAUAGGUUUGUGUCAAGGUUCUUUGGUCUAUACCUACCACUCGUGUUUAACCAACAAUUCAUCAAUCAUAACUUCCCAAAACCUCUUUAUAUCAACCACCUGUGCAAAAGGAUUACCUGUCUAAGACAGAAUUUUUAUAAAUCUAGAGUAGGAACAUGUAGUCUGAACCAGUGCUUUAUUUUGUAACUGUGUUGGUAAUGUAGAAAAUAAAACUGCGUUUUGUUUGUUGAAUAUAGGUCCCCUUCCCCCUCAACAAAAACAAUAUCUAUAUAUAAAUUAUAUGUGGUGGUAUGAACGUGGUGUAAUCGUAUUUAUAGUGGAAUGUGCAAAGGGGAGAUUACUCUCAGCUACUGUUGACAAUCGGGACAUCUUUCUGGUGGUUUUAUUUUCAUCAUCAAUUCAAAAAGUCACAAUUCCAAUACAAAAAAAAUACUGAAUUAUUCUAUAAAAAAAAUUUACUUAGGCUAGGCACAUAUAUAUUUAUACUUCUGCAGUGCCAAUUAGUCCUACAUUUGUAUGUUAGGUAAAGAAAAUCCCUAAUCUUGAGUUUUAGUGCAAAAAAAAAAAAAAAAAAAAACCUGGAUAUUAAAGUUUCUCUAUAACAGGGCAAUAAUGAUCACAGGGACUUGGCACACAUUUGCAUAAAAUUAAUUAUUUUACAGAUCAGGAAAUGGGUAUUCCUAGUGAUUAGAAAAAAUGUAUUUAUGUAUUUUGUAGUGGUGAUUAGAACAGAAUUCAAAAUAUUAUCAUCAAAAUCAGUCACAAUAUGAGCUAAUUAUUACGAUCAAAUUAUUUUAUAUGAUCUUUAAAGGAAAGGGAUGUUUCAAUUAAGAUGAUAAUAAUAAAUAUAAAAUAGCCAUGAUUUAGUUAAUUUUGUCAUGAAAGUACCUGUAAGUCCGUCAAAGAUGGUUUGACAUAUCUUAAUAAACUAAGAAUGUUUUAUUCAGUGGGUGAAGGUUACUGCAGGAUGGUAAUAGUUUAGUCACAUGUAUGAAUUUAUUGGUAUGUAUGUACAUGUAUUCUACAUGUCAUUUUCUGUGGAGUUAAGAAGGAUGUUAUAUUUGUAUUUACUGGUAGAAAGGAGGCAAAUUCAUUGGAGAACUAUUUAUGUAUACAGAUAUAUUGCUGCACGUCUCAUUAUUUUGUAAUAAAGAAACGAAUGGUAGAAUU